AUGCCGUGUCAGCUGAGCAACGGUAACAGGCAAGGUACUUCAUCUGUCGCAGCUGCAAGGUGGGCUGCAUGGGCUUCAGCUGCCAGGACAGGAGUUACCACAGGUUACUGCCAAUUCACUGACCUGUACUGCUUCGGUCUUUGCAGCUGGCUGUAUGUACGUCGCCAGGUGACGCAGCCCUGGCCAAGGGGCCUGUGCAGCCGGGUGGGUGAGGCAGCCUGCAGCCUCCCAGCCGGCCAUCUAGCACAGCCAGGUGCUUCUCUCCAGCCAGGCCUUCCUCACCAAGCAGAGCAACACGGAGGCGCUCUGACUAAUGCGGCUACGACGGAGAAUCUCGUCCCAGGGACCAGGAGAAGAAUUACUAGGCAAUUUUUUAAAAUCUUAAACUUUUCCUACAGCCACCUGGAAGAAAAAACACAGUGGGAACAUCCUAAGUCUGGGAAGAGGAAACGUGUUGCAGGAGGUCUGCCAUAUGGAUGGGAGCAGGAGACUGAUGAAAAUGGACAAGUCUAUUUUGUAGACCACAUAAACAAAAGGACUACCUACCUUGACCCAAGACUGGCCUUUACAGUUGAAGAUAAUCCAGUAAAACCUACUACUAGACAAAAAUAUGAUGGAAACAGUACUGCAAUGGAAAUACUCCAGGGUCGUGACUUGAGUGGAAAAGUGGUUAUAAUCACGGGAGCAAAUUCAGGAAUAGGUUUUGAAACUGCCAAGUCUCUUGCACUGCAUGGGGCAUAUGUUAUUCUGGCCUGCAGAAAUAUGUCAAGAGGCAAUGACGCUGUACAACGCAUUCUUGUGGAAUGGAUAUGAGGAAAAGCCGUAUAAUGAGGUAUGUUGAAAUAAAUUGGGACUUCUUUACAAACA